GAGGAAUAGUAGUCUCAAAUUUGGAGGGCAUCAGCAAACUCCAUCGGUAUUUUCGGUCAGUUAGGACAGUUCCAUCCUGGGAUGAAGAUCAAAUUAAACAUGCUUCGCACGUGCCUCCUCAAUAUCGCGCUUCUUACCCACCCCUUGUUCUUGUCGGCCACGAUUCUACCUGCAGGCUAUCCUUGCCACAUAUUUGAGCCCGUAUCCCAAUCCCCCUCGAAUGAUACGUCAUGUCGGGCACCCAAACCCUGUGAAGGAUUUCUAUCAGCCAAAUUCCGAACCGUCGACGGAACUUGCAACAACAUUCAAAUGAACUCAUUGUGGGGAUCGGCUGGAUCUGAGUUUAUUCGAUUGGUCGAAAGAAAUCCCUUGGAGACGUUUGGAUAUCCUCCCAUUUUUCAGCAAAAACAAUCGAAACGUUUCAUAUCUAGUGCACGAGCAGUGAGUUCUGCCGUUCAUGGAGGUCGAGAUCAAAGCUUCUCGACUUUCACGGCCAUGCUUAUGCAAUUUGGACAAAUUUUGGACCACGACAUAACCCUGACGGCUGAGAUGAACAUGUGCCAUGAGAAUGAAGAAUGUAUCGAAGAAGAAAUGGACUGCUGUGAGUACAUCAACCAUAUGGAACGGCCCAAGAGUUGCUUUCCGAUCCAAAUCCCGGAUGACGAUCCCUUCUAUCGGGUUCAUUUCCCCAAGCCAACGUGCCUUGACUUCAAGCGCUCGCUUCCUUUUCCAUGCAACUAUUCUAGCCCUUCAGAUGUGAGAGAGCAAUUCAACGAAGUGACUGCCUUUUUGGAUGCUUCUCAUUUGUACGAUGCUGAUCCCGAAAAGGCUUGGAAGUUAAGAGUUCAUACUGACGGACUCAUGUUGGAAAGCACAGACGGAUUGAUGCCAUUGGAUAAACUCAGACCUUGUGAAAGAUCCCACUUGCAUCAUCCACAAUUUAUGUCUGGCGACAUUCGAGGCAAUGAAAACCCCGGUCUUCAAAGCCACCACACUCUCUGGUUGCGGGAACACAAUCGAUUAGCUCGCUCAAUAAAGGCUCUGAGUCCGGAGUUCUCUGAUGAACGCAUUUACCAAGAAGCCAGACGAUUGAUCAUCGCGGAAUGGCAACACAUUGUAUUCACGGAAUUUUUGCCACUUGUUCUGGGUCGGAAGACCGUGGACAAGCUUGAACUCGCGGUUGAUGGCCCCAGUCUUUACAAAGAGUACUUGAAUCCCAAUGUGGCAAACGUUUUUGCCACGGCGGCCUUCAGGUUUGGCCACAGUCUGAUUCCAGACAAAAUUAACAUGAGAUACGCUAAUCAUACUUCCCACAAUGAGCAACUCAAAGACAACUUCUUUAACACCUAUUUGAUGCGAGACGGUAAUAUGGAGGAUAUGCUGAACGGAAUGUGCUAUUUGAACGCCGAGGUGACCAAUAAUGUGAUCAACGAUGCUAUCAGAAACUUUCUUUUCAUCAUGCCUGGAAAGAAGUUUGGGAGCGAUCUAGUCGCUCGCAAUAUCCAACGGGGUCGGGAUCAUGAGUUGGGCAGCUACAACUCAUAUCGCUUGGCUUGUGGCCUCAGGGCUCUCCCGGGAACCUUUUUUAGCCAACCUCCGCCUGAACUGACCUCGAAAAUGUGGAGUAAAUUUUCAAGUGUCUAUCACAGUCCUUAUGACAUCGAGAUCUUCCCUGGAGGGAUGUCCGAGACGUACGUCGAAGGUGGAAUUAUUGGACCCACGUUCGCCUGCAUUAUUGGAGGGCAAUUUAGAAAAGUCAAAUUCGCAGACAGAUAUUUCUUCUCCCACGUUAAUGUCGAUCGAAAUAUUCGCUUUUGUGCCAAAGAGCUGGAAAUGAUUCGCACACGAACCUUUAGGGAUGUCCUGUGUGAAAACACAAAUAUUGCUGAACUCACACUUAGUCCGUUCCAAAAAGAAUCUCCCUCCAAUCCCAUGAUAAGCUGCACAAAUACGAACCGAUUUGAGCCCCGAGUCGAUUGUGAAGCUGAAGCAAACGAGCACGAUCACUUUGUACCCUCUAACGACGUAUUGAACCAAGGUAAAGCCGCCGAGAGUAACUCCGGAGAAGUGAUCAUUCUUGUAGGCGGUUACAAUGGCUGGCAAAUUUUGGACUCGGUGGAGCUCUACAGUCCCAAUGGAACCUGCCAACACUUAAUCGCGCCUCUCCCUCAGCCAACCUACGGUGCCCAAGUUUUGUACGUCGAUGGAACUCUAUUGGUUUGUGGGGGAAGGACCCCCAAUGGCAAUGCAGGAACCCAAUGUUGGAGGUUUUUGAGGGAUAAUGGUUUGGGUACCUGGGAACAAGUGCCAAAUCUAGCAACGACCCACCCGCGUUGGCUGGCGGCUGGCUCCUACGCUGGAGACAAAUAUUUUGUGUCAGGCGGCUGGAGCUCGUCCAACACCACGGAAUAUUACGAUCCUGAAGCAGCGAAAUGGAUACCAUUUGUCCCAACUCCUAAUUACCGAAAACGUCAUUGCAUGAUCACGUACAUGGAUACUUUGGUUCUCAUCGGGGGAUCUGCUAGCGGUUCAAAAGUGGAUUAUUACAAUCUAACGAGUCAACAGUGGCAUUCACUAGCAGACUUGACCUCAUUCAGGAGCAGUCAUUCGUGCAUUUUGGUUCCAAACACUCCAUACGUUCUGGUGUUUGGUGGGCUCAAAGUGACAACCCUUUACAACAUUCUCACUGGACAGAGUGUGUUUGGUCCUCGCAGUCAAGUCUCAAGAUCCCUUGGGGCGGUCAUGGAACUGAAUGGACAUAUCUAUGUUUUGGGCGGAGAUUCCCAUGCUAACGUUGUGGAAAGAUACUCGUUUCGAGAGCAUCAAUUUACCACGGAAGAUACAGGCCUAAAGCUGGGACGAUCCCGAUUUGGAGUGGCUAAGGUUCCAGCAGCAUUUUUUCAGCAUCUCCCCAAUGGUUGCAAAGCCUAACAUGUCUCAAGAUAGUGUGCAGCCUUUACAAAUGACCUUAACAUAAUUGGUGCAAACAAUAUAUCUCUUUGGAAACAAGAAAAACGCA